AUGAAGCCUCCACCUUUGAUUGAUGCUAAAAAAUGCUCAAAAAAUGCACUAGCUCAGAGUGUAAAGGAGGAGGCGAAUGAAGCUUACACGGAAGAAGUGGUGGAUUAUGUGAAUAGGCUCGACGUUGAUAGAGACAUUGCAUUCUUGAAUACAUGUGGAUGGGAAGUACCAUGUGAGAUCUCAGUUUCAUACAAGAUUUUUACUUUCUUUCUGAAGAAAACAGUUCAGUUUAACCUCACUGCGGCUCAUAUGGUGGUUCUUGUCUGGAAUGCUCACAAGUCUACAACUUUCAACUUACUAACAUGCUAG